AUGCCUAACGUUUCAGUCGCUGGUGGAUGGUGGAACUUUGAGAACUAUGGCCCUGUUACGACGACUUUCACCCAGCCCACGAGCUGUUCUGCGAUAGACAAUCUUCAACUCGGCUACGUGACUGACUCCCUCGCGCGUAUUGAAUAUGCUGUUCAAUGUACCAAAGAGUUCGAUUCUGGCUGCCUUCCAACCGCCACCGUGACGGCAACAGCAUCGCGCGACUAUGAUAUGUGGGUUGGGUAUGGAGGGUAUUACUCCCCAGGCCUGUACUGCCCCUCUGGAUGGGCGACAGUGGGCCUGGCCGCACGCGACGGGAACAAGUCGCUCAGUAAGUCGGGAAUCCUGACCACCUCGACAAGCGAGCGUUAUCCCUCCUUCGACGACCCAGCAACUUUGUUGGCGAGAAUAUUGGAACCGAGCCAAACCAUGGCACUUUGUUGCCCGAGCACUAUGACCCCAGACAAUCUGGGCGGAUGUUACUCUCUGGUGCCAGAUUAUAAGCCAACUGUAGGCUGCUAUGUCUACGAGCAUGAUGAAUACCAAUAUGAAACAUCCACCAAGCUAUACACGUACGGUAGCUCCACGCGCACCCACGUCUGGGAAACACCCACAGCUACCGAUUCCAUUCUGACGACUUACACGGAAACAUUGUAUGGUAUUGAUCAGUCAUUGUUGACUGCCAUAUCCUACAUGCCCAUGGUGACGCUUGUCCAUCAUCAAUCCGAUCUUCAGUCAGUUGGCACAGGCACUGGCACAGCUGAGUCCACGGCCACUGGAUCUACAGGUACUGCUGCAUCUACGUCGAAUGCUGCAGGUAGGCUGGGUCCAAGGACGUCUGCUUGGGAUGGACUGGGUGCUGUUCUUGGGGUUUCUGCUGCUGCAAUGGCUCUGGGGGCUGCUAUUAUUUUCCCAUGGUAG